AUGAUUCAUAAAGAAGCUUUAGCUUCCAAAAAACUUCAACCAGAUGUUAAUAAAGUACUACUUAAUGCUAUAAGYGUAAUAAAUUUUAUAAAAUUAAAGUHCAGACUUUUUACUAUACUUUGCAAUGAAAUGGGUUMUGACCAURAAAAAUUKCUUCUUCAUACUGRAGUAAGGUGGUUGYCUMGUGGUAAAAUAUUAUCACGCCUUUUUGAACUCAGAGAUGAAGCACGAAUUUUUCUUCUGGAACGUAAUAAACUUUCGGAACAUUUUUUGGACGAGCAAUGGCUUGCAAUUCUGGGUUAUCUUGCAGAUAUAUUUGAAAAACUAAAUUGUUUAAAUUUAAGCCUACAAGGGAAAAAUACUAAUAUUUUAUUUCUUUCUGAUAAAAUCAAUGCUUUUAAAAAGAAAAUUCUUYUGUGGAAAAAUUAUAUCGACGAUGACAAAUUUGAAACGUUUUCAUGUUUAUCAAAAUUCAUCAGUGAUAAUGAUGUGGAUAUUAAUAUGAUAAAAGAAAUUAUAACUACUCAUCUAAUAAGUUUACAAACAAACUUUAAUGCACGGUUUGAAGAUUUCCCAGAAGAAAGUCUAGAUGAAAAUCUACGUAUCAGAUUUCAAGAAAAUGCAUGUGAUACAUUUUGGAUUUCCAUCAAAUCUGAAUAUCCAGAAUUAUCAAAACAAGCCAUAUCAAUUUUAUUUCGUCCUUUUGCAUAA